AACUAAAGCUUCAAAAGAAGAAUGAUUUUGAGAUAAUUCGACCAAACUGUCCAACUCGAUCACAAAAGAUUUGGGUUGAGUUGGAUUGGCCUAAUAAUGAGCAGGCCUUAAGUUGAAGAAAUCAUAAACCGCUAUAUAUCGGGUUGGAUUAUAUAUUAGGACUAAAAUCGACCCAACUCAACCCAUGCCAUCCCUACCUUAAAAAAAGGAAAAGAACAGGAAAAAAAAAAAGAAGCUGUGGGUUCUGUGACGGAAUUGUGCUCUCGCUAAAGAGAAAAACAAAAGGAGUUAAAAAGGAAAAAAUAAAAAAAAAGCGGUCAUCACAAGAGGAAGCCGAAAAAAACAGACAGACGUUGAUAAAAGCAUCACCAGUCCGUGAAGUUUCGUUAUUUUGUUUUUGAUUCUUUUCCCCAGUUUUCCUUUUGUUUCUUUGAAGAAAUUCCCAGGCUUUCGAUUCAUUAUCAUCUUAGAACCACUCACCCUGAGACCCAAACUCAUUUUCUUGACAAUGGGUUUGUUGGAUUCCUUCCUCACUUGGCUCCGGAGCUUAUUCUUUAAACAGGAAAUGGAACUUUCACUAGUAGGGCUUCAGAAUGCAGGAAAGACAUCUCUUUUAAAUGCCAUUGCUACAGGUGGCUACAGUGAGGACAUGAUUCCAACUGUUGGAUUCAACAUGCGAAAAGUAACCAAGGGAAAUGUGACAAUUAAGGUUUGGGACCUUGGAGGGCAACGGAGGUUCCGUACAAUGUGGGAGCGUUACUGUCGUGGUGUCUCUGUAAUUGUGUAUGUAGUUGAUGCUGCUGAUAGAGACAGUGUUCCAAUAUCUCGAAGUGAGCUACAUGACCUCUUGAUGAAACCUUCCUUAAGUGGGAUUCCUUUACUUGUUCUUGGCAACAAAAUCGACAAGUCUGAGGCUCUUUCCAAGCAAGCAUUGGUUGAUCAACUAGGCCUUGAUUCAAUUACGGACAAGGAGGUCUGCUGCUAUAUGAUCUCAUGCAAGGAUUCCAUAAAUAUAGAUGUUGUCAUUGAUUGGCUUAUCAAACACUCCAAAACAGCAACCUGAUCCAUGAAUCGAUCAAUUACAGAGUGUUUGAUCAAACAAAGUUCGACACGAGCUGAAAAGGUGAAUUGAUGAAAACAACCACUGUUGAGACUCUGUAACUAUAGUAGGAUUUCGCUAUUCACCAAAUAGAAUGAUCUGUACAGUACUUAUCUAGCCGGCAAGUCUGUCAUGCUUUGGUUGUUGUAAAUUGCCUUGUUCGUUUGAAAUGAUUUCGAUUUUCGAAUGAAGGAUCCUAAAUUAGAAGCACCAUUUUUGUGAGAUAAAUAUAUUGUGACUUGUUAUUGUUUAUUGUGCUGAA